AUGAUCAUGAAUAGCUUUAAGUCUCUAUUAGGGAAUACCCUGUUGUUUCUAUCGUUACAAAGUAUCCCCACAUUUGCUCUUGAUGUAAAAAGAGAUGUAAUAAUUACAGAUCAAACGUUUCUAGAUGGUCUGUCUAAUGAAUCAAUUACUAUCGAAAGCGGGUUUAGUUUGCAGCUUUUAGAUGGUCCGAAUAUUAACCUAACAGGUGAUUUAACCGUCGAUGGUUCUUUAGUUAUUGGAAGUUAUACCGCCACAAAUUUGAAAAUUAAUAUUGAUUCAGACACAUUAACGAAUAAUGGGAAUUUCUAUGUUAUGAAUUUUCAAGCUACAACGACGGACACUUAUACGUUCAACAAUUUAUACAACUACGGAAACAUAAUUAUGGCAUCUAAUAUUCAGGGAGUUACUGAUUUAUUACCAACAAUAAAUGAUCAGUUUUACAAUGAAGGUCAUAUAUUUAUAUUGGCUGCUAAUCAAAUUGGAUUCAGUACUCCCAAGUCAGGUAUCACUAAUAGUGGUACCAUUGAACUUGAAGGGACAGUGUCAAUCACAGUUCCAAUGUCAGGUUCUGGAUGUGUUGUGUCUUCAGGUGCCUUGUCCCUAGAUUAUUCAAAUAAUAUCGAUCAAACAAUAGUGGUAAAUGGCGGUCAGUUUGUCAUUUUGUCUGGAUUGGAAUCAGGUAAUAUUCCGAAAGUUAGAGUUCCAGGAGAUGCAUCAAGUCCUUACAUUUUAAUGAAAAACUCACCAACAGGUGCUAUCACAUAUAAUGCCACAACAGGCAUUUUGACAUACCCACCUUACCAAAUAGAUAUUGGGUUGGGGUACCCAACUAGUGGGUGGAAGGUUUCAGAGAGUCAAUGUACGUAUACUAGUGAUACCACUUUGCCUUGUUUCGUUUUCCUUGCUCAAACUACUGCCCAAAGCUACCCAUCAAACUGUGCUGCAAGUUUGUAUCCAAACGGAUAUCCUUAUUUUGGGUUUAAUGCCACUCAACCAGAUUUUGUCCCAGAAUUUCCAACUCCUUAUACAACAUGGGUUUCCAGUUCAAAACAUUUAAUUGAAGAGAUAGUGUCCUUUUACCUAACAAUCAGUUCAGAUGGAUUGCCAGUAACUGUAAAAACAACGUCUAUUAUUCCACAAUCAAGUUCGAGUUUAAAGCUAAAGAGCUUUAGUUCUCUCAUUGCGUUGAGCUCAACCUCAGAUAAUGUGAUAAGCCCACACUUUAGUUCUGUAUCAAGUUCAAGGCCUAUUUUUGCAUCAAGUUCAGAACGUAGUAUUCCGUUAUCGUCAACCUCUGACACUAUAACAAGCUUCGAUUUUAAUACAGAAGCAAAGUCGAGUUAUCUUAUUAGUCCUAGCUCAACAAUAACGGCUUCUACCGAAUUAAAAUUUAGUGCAGCCACUGACUCAGUCUCUGUAUCAAAUACUCCUCGGUCAGACCUUUCUUCUUCCACCCAAAAAUCAGAAGUUAGCUUAACGUCGAUAUUAUCUGAUGUAUCCAGUUCAGAAUCGGAAUCUAACACUGAAAAUCAUACUCCUAGUCUGACAACUAAGUCGGUUACUUCCUCUUUAAAUAGUUUAUCUAGUUCCUCAGAGCCGGAUACCAUUGCUCUAAGUGGUUCAUCUGACCAGCCCAGUUUCGACUCUGCUACAACAUCUUUAUCACCUGACCUUUCAAGUGACGAGAUAAGCCACGUCUCUACCUCAGUAAUUCCACUUUCGGAAGAGUUGAGUUCUAAAUCUACCUCAACUAUGAGUGCGUCAUUAUCUGGGACCUCUCUGAAUAGUCAAUUUAUUUCAACAGCAGACCUUUCACAUUUUACGGACUAUUCUCAACCAAGUUCAAGGGUAGAUAGUACACAAACUUGGAUCGUCGUUACUAUUACCGAAUUUGAGAGGACAAUCCAUACCUCCGUUUUCAAUUUUACACCAUGGACGGGAUUUGCCAAUGUUACAGCUUCAAGUAUAGUAGUCUCCUUGCAUGGAUCCAAAAGAAGUUGA